ACACGCGUGUGUACCAAGGCGGUUCAUGUAGGAAGCCAUGGCGUUGCAUCCUCGCGGUCAUGGGGUUUUAAGCGAUGGAAGGAGGUCGAAGGAGCAGCAUGUUCCCGGCACUCAUGCCUUUCCUCUACUUUCAGCAGCCCCUCUUCGAGGAAUCGGACCAUGCGCAGGAGUGCCGCAGAGCCGCUGGCCGAGAAAACCUCUGAGGUUGACGAGGAACGCGCUCUCAAGGAGCGUGUGAGGUUGCUGCGGGGCCAGCGGGACGAGCUGCAAGCGAAGCUGCAGCGCGGCGCUCGGCAGGAGAAUGAGGUGCUGACAGCCAAAGUGCUGGCUGCCCAGCAGGAGUUCCUCGCGCUGCAAAGGGAGUUCAAGACCAUGAAGGAGGAAUACAACCAACGGCUGGAAGGUUUGCGCUUGGCCUUGGAGGAACAGCAGAUCGCUGCGGAGCACUCGAGCCGGCGGGUGAUUUGCGCGGAGGAUUUGGUGAAGUUCCACCAGGAGCAGAGUAGAUUGAUGACCAGUCAUUGGAGGCAGCAAUGCCAGAUGAAGGACGAAAGCAUCCGAAAUCUGAAUCGACAGCUGAUCGAGUAUUCCACAGACUGGCAGCACCUGGGCCAUCAGCGACAAACUGAGGCGGGCCUCUCGCACGAGCACUUCUGCUUAGAGGACCGGCACCGGCGGCUUCUGGAGCAUCAGCAGCUCUUGGGCGAACACACGGAGAGGUUGGAGGCCCAAUUGGCAGAGGUUCAAACUGAGGAGCGCUCCUUGAGGGAGGAACUGGCCAAAAGCGCUGCUGCUCCAUUAGAGGAGGCGCAGCUCGAAGAGGCCUUGGCCGAGCGUCAAACACAGACGCUGGAGUUUCUGCGGGCUCAACGGCGGGGCUACGAGGAAGAGGCUGCCGCGAAGCGGUCCCUGCCUGGGUGCGCGGUGCAUUUGGCGAGACGAGCUGGACGUUCGGGAAGCGCAGCUGGAGAAGAUCGCCACGGAGCAGCGGCGCAUCGCCGUGGCCUUGGAGCGCAUCCAGGCGGCCCUGGCGGAGCAUUCCGCCCAGCACCAGGAGGCCAAGGGGCGCCACGGGGAAGCCGAGUCGGUGCUGCGCGAGAAAGAGCGCUUGCGCAUGCAGCGCCAGAAGAGAUGCCAGGAGCUGCGCCGCACGGAGAGCGCGGUGCGGCGCUUGGUGGAGGUGCUGGAAGCUCAAUCUUCCCCAGGCCAUGUGGGGCGAUGACUCCAUCGUGUGACGGGUUGUUCUGAAGGUCUUUUCUUUGUUUCGUACAAACGCGAAUCCACAGAAAAGACACCAGAAGCCACAGAGCUUGGAGGCAUUUGAAGAUGGGGGAGUACUUUCAAGAUGGGUCAUGGAUUGGAUCACCUACUGACGGUGGAUCGUCUGAAGGUGGCUCAGUUGGUCAAGUUAGCGGUCUGGUGCCAUCGGAAGAGCCAUCUCUGAGAAUUUCUCAGCUGGUCCGAGACGGUGCAAUCUUGAAGACUGUUGGAAGACUGUUGGAAGACUUCUCCUCUACAUUCCUCUACUUUUUUUUUUCUGAAAAUGUCCACCGACUUCCACAGGCAGCAGGGUGAGGUGGGCCAGGACGAGAACAAGUCCGGCUGGGUGGAGAACUUGGCUUCCGCCUUUCUCCCAACAUUCCGUAGAUUUAGAGUGGUUUCAAAGUUACUGUAGAUGGCGCAGACACCCAAGAUGUUCUCUAAAUGUGGAUCCAUAUACACCACCGACAUUGGAGAUGGUGCCAUCUACUCUGAACCCACUGUAAAAGGAUUUGAAGCUUUUGGUCGUUUUUUGCUCAAGCGAACCAGCUUCAUGUUUUCUCCCCCAGCUGGCAUUCUGUGGAGUGAACACAUGACACACCCCCGCCACCGACCUGCUUGGUGCCCAAGGAUGCUGACACUCACACUGACACACCGUUCGAACCAUCGAUCACCGGCGAGCGAACCGGCGGUGGCACCGGAAACGGCCGGAGCAUGCGGUGACACCGGUGUGGUGCAACGCUGAAAGGAACCCGUGUGGGCGGUCGUGCAUUCGGGUGGGUUGCUUGGUGUGUGAAAACGCACUCGUGAAACGACGCUUCAAACGCUUCACGAGUCCUGAGAGGUGCGGCCUCCAGUCAGCCAGGAUGACAAAAAGAGGGGCUCCUUUUUUGAGUCCGUUCGGAGGACGAAGUCGAGAGUGUGGACGGGAAGAUCCAAUUUGCGGAUUCAGCGGAUUCAGCCAUAUGAUGACUGUGAGGAACUCACUCUCCCCCACCAAGCCAUGGUAGGUUGACAUUCCCUAUACUAUAGAGGAAUCUGUUCAUGACAGACCCGGGUCAACCAGGAUGUCCUAGUUUUGACCCACAGCCAUAUUUUGUCGAGUUGGUGUUGAAUAAGAACUCUUCUGUUUGAUGCAUGAAUUUCAUGAGUCACUUGUGAGCAUUGUGGUUCACGGCAUGUUUUGCCAGAGUAGGUGUCCGUUUCAGGAUUCUCAGAGCACAGCCUUGAAACGGGGCUCGGAUGCUUCCCCUCCAAUCUAUCUAUUGGUUGCUGUUGGCGAGUCGUUUGGGGUGAGAAGCGUGGCUGCGUUCGGAGUACGAUUCUUGCAGUUCCCCUCAUGUAAUGUGCUUUAGAAUGGCUGCAGGAGAUGCUCCAACCAAGACAGCCGAUCAAAUCAAAUCAGCUCCUUUGGCUAGAUUGGGACCCACUACUUCACACACACACACAAGAUUGUAGAACUGUAAGAACCACUUCUGGUAAGGAUUCAGUUUCGAUGGGUUGUGAUUCCCAAGCAGCCUCAGGCUGAAGAACGGCUGAAAUAUUUGUCAAGGCAGCCAUCUUCAGAUGUCUGUCCCACUCCAAGGUGUUCCGCAAGUUUUCGCGUUCCUUGGCUCUUGGGUCCUGAAAGACUCCUAGCCAUCUAGCAAGGUUUGAACACUUCUUGUGCUUCCCAGCAGAACUCCACUCCUCGCCGGCUCGUUGGAUCGAACAAACCAUGGGAGCCAUGGGACCGAAAU